GCACUCAGUCGCUGACUAACUGCAAGUCACAAAAGUCGUCGCCGUUUCAUCCACCGUUCCCCCGUCAUUCACAAGUCAAUCAGUCACAUCGCCGUCAAUCAGUUUCGUUGGUUUUGUUUGUUUAUUUGUUUUUCGUUCAUUUAGAAUUUUGAAAUAUUUUAUCCGGCCGGAAGAAUUGAAUAUUGAUCAGUCAAUCACUCCGUUUUCUAAACAAGUGAAACGUAUCCGUGUGGGAUCCAGUGCCACACCACAAGUGAAUUCCGGCGUAGUCUUGCGUAAUGACACUGGACAGUCAGGUGAUGACCUGUCCUGUUAACAAGAUGGCAGUCUCGGCCUCACCCCGUACCAACAACACGACCAGCAGUGCCGGAAGUGGAUUGAGUUUCAGCAUUUCUAGACUCUUGGAAAAAGCUACGGCCAAUGACAAUUCCGCCUCGGCUCAUCCGCUGGAAAUCAAACCGUCGGCCACGGUCAAGUCCAACAACAACCCGAAAGUGACAGCAGCUGCGACUGAGUUGUUGCUCAGCCGAGAAAGUCCGCCGGAAUCGCCGCUGGAAGUGGACGAUGAGAUGGGCGAGGACAUGAGUGACGUGGACGACGAUGAGGACGUCAAAGUCAACGAUUCCGGCGACGAGGAAUCGGCCGGAUCUCGACCGGACGAUUCGAAAAUGCCCGACUAUUCUAGUCAUCCGCCGCAUCCGUCGAUGGGCAUCGACUGGUACGCCCUCUACGCCCUGCAACAACAGCAACAGCAACACCAACAACACCACGGCAUGAUUCCGUCGCAUUUGAUGCAGCACCACCACAAUUCCGGCGCCUUUGCCAACAGCCAACGCGGAGGGCCUUCCGGCAGCAUGUUGAACAUGAGCGCCGGCACUUACCUCAGCUAUCCGUCGACUCCCGGAUCGACGGGAACGAACGCCGGUUCCGGCGGCGGGGCGUCUUCCGGCGGUUACCCCGGCGGCCCGCCACCUCCUCCGCACGGAUUAUCUUCGUCAUCUCAGCACUCGCCGCUGUCGCCGGCCAGUCUCCACCACCACCACAUGAGCGGCGGACUCAAUCCGGCCGGAAUUCCCAACGCCUUUGCCGCUCUACUGGAAGCCACUGUUUUCAAGGAUCGAUUAGCCGCAGGAUUUCCGUUGGCCAGACGCAUCGGCCAUCCGUACCAGCAGCGAACGCCGCCCAAGAGGAAAAAACCUCGCACUUCAUUCACCCGUUUACAGGUGUGUGAGCUGGAGAAGCGAUUCCACAAGCAGAAAUACCUGGCGUCUGCCGAACGCGCCGCCCUGGCCAAACUGCUCAAGAUGACCGACGCCCAGGUGAAAACCUGGUUCCAAAAUCGCCGCACCAAAUGGAGGCGCCAGACGGCCGAGGAAAGAGAAGCUGAGCGCCAGGCGGCCAAUCGAUUGAUGUUAUCCAUCCAGGCGGAAGCCAUGACAAAGACGCUCUAUCCGGUGACGUCAGGAGCCCCCACUUCUGCUGCCCAGCGGUCGUCAUCGUCUAUGCAACACCACGAUACGUCACCUCCAGCAUCCACUCAGGUCCACGGCAGCAGCAACAACAACAACAACAGGCAGCAACAACCGGAUUUGCGCGGCAGUCCCACCGCCACUUCACUCAACGCCCUGCAAAGUUUGCAACCGUGGGCGGAAUCUGCGUCAUCGGAUCCUGGCAACAGAUCCUCACCUGUAUAUCAUCACCAUCACCAUUGAUUUUUGAUCAAAACCAAUUCAUAAUAGUUUCAAAUCUCCACUCGAUUCUUUUUUU